AUGACAACGAUCAUUGAUUUGACCCAUGAUGGCACAGUACUUGAUGCAAUGGAGUCUACGUGCAAUGAUCUCCAUGCGUGUAAUCCCCAUCGAGACGUGCUCUCAGAACUCUCCUCUAUUGCUUCCAUGCAGGUACUCCCUAUGUUAAAUGUUACAAUGGCCUAUUGAUUGACAGUUUGAGUAAUGAAUAGUAUAGUUGUCCCAAAUGGUACCCUAUUCCCUGUAUAGUGCACUACUUUUGACCACUACAGAGAGAAUAGGGUUCCAUUUAGGAUGCAACCCAUGAUUGUAUUGACUCAUAAUGGAUCUUUGUCUCCUGGCCAGAGUGAGGUGUUGGACACUGCAGAGCGGCAGCAGAAACACCAGCAGUUGAGGGUCUACCUAAGGGUGAGGCCCUUUUCCAAGGAUGAGAUCUCCAACAAUGAGGACCAGGUAUAUAUGUGGCCAUUUUUAAAUGCCAAUCCUAAUCUAAACAGUCAUAUUUCAGUGUAUACGGUCAGGUUUCAAAUGUACCAUAUACGUAAUUGUCUUGACCCCAGGUCUACAAACUAUUUGAAGGUGCCAUUUCCUAAUGUCCUAUAAACUAUCUUCCCUGAUCCACACCUCUCCCACAUUCUCCUCGUCUCUCUGCAGGGUUGUGUGGUUCUUGAGAAUGCCAGCACGGUAAUGCUACAUGCGCCCAAAGGCUCUGCUACCAUGAAAAGCAGUGAGAAGGGCAUUGGCCAGGCGACGCAUCAAUUCUCAUUCUCUCAGGUUUGGCUAACAUGUAAUGUGAUUUAAUGCCUUGUUUGUUUAGGAAGGAUUGGGCAGUUCCUGAUCCUGACUGUAUGUCGCUCUGGAUAAGAGUGCCUCUUAAAUGACUCAAAUGUAAUGUUAUUGGUGUCAUGUUUUAAUUUCACUCAGAUCUUUGGGCCUGAGACGAAGCAGGCAGAUCUCUUCGACGGCACCAUCAAAAGCCAAGUAAACGAUUAUCUGGAGGGGAAGAAUGCUCUGGUCUUCAGCUAUGGUGUGACCAAUGCAGGCAAGACCCACACAAUUCAAGGUAAGUCCACUAGUAAGUAACCUCCCUGCUCAUAGUAAUCUUCCUGCUUAUCAAAGCUAAUUAUUCCUCCCAACUUCUGUUUGGAUAGGAUUAGCUGUGUUGGGGUUGUUUGUGUUAGGUUCUUGCAUUUUGUGUAUUGGAGGACAAGUAAGAGCGAGAGAACCUCACACUUGAAAAACAUAGGAUUUUUGCCCCAUAUCCUGUGUACUUCUCUAUCCUUCUGAGUUGACCUGUUGAAACCAAUGAUGGUAAUGCUAUGUGUUGGCCAAUUAGAGGCUUUGAAGCCACCCGACACAAUACUGGUGGUACUCAGAAGAAGCAGUUCUCCAUAGGAAUUAAUGGAAUUCUACAGUAUUUCAAUAAGAGAAAAUUGCGUCUUUGACUUUCUUUGUAGUGGGGACCAUAGCAUUGGUACUCCCCCAAAAAAGUUCAGGAAUGUUUUUAUUUUGUGUUCAGUUCACAUAUGAUUUCAAAAUAUGCAUUAAGGUGUCUGUAAUAGAACAUACUUGUCAAAUGACUGUAAACAUUAAUACAUUAAUUUAUAUAGCUUCCUAAAUAUUUUUUACAAUGGAGGAGUACCACAAUGGCUGUGCAGUAGCUUCAAUACAGCGCCCCCUCUCAGUCAUCCAGGGUUUAUACACAUCGGUUGAAAUCUAUGCACCUGGCUGUGACUGAUAGUAGUCAAUGAAGGACUGGUCGCAAGGGACAGACAAUCUUCUGUUUUUUUUGGUAUGUUGCAGGAUCCCAGAAAGACCCUGGUAUUCUCCCCCAGGCGUUGGAUGUCAUCUUCAGACGCAUCAAAGGGAGACAGUAUGAGAACAUGGAUCUGAAGCCGUACCUCAGUAGCGACGCUCAGUACCUAGGGCCUGACCAGGUCAAACAGGAAAGAAACACCAAAGCAUCUGUAUUUGCUCUACUCAAAGAGGUGAACAUGGACGCAUAAUAUGGAGUAGCCUAAUUAGUUGAUGGGUCAUGUAAAGAAGAUGUCAUCUUACUGUCUGUUUGUUUUACCCUAAUCUCUUAACCCCCUUAUCUUCAUUAUUCACCCCCACAUAGGAAAAUGAACCCCCACGAGUCAGUGGAGUUUCAUCCUACUCGUCCUCUACGGGAAGCCUCUCCUUCUCAGUCUCCUAUGAUAACACUGAUAACACAGGUACAUCACAUCUGUAAGCCCAUCUCUGUUGAAGUCAGACAUCUGUAUUCUGGAAUGGCUAAUGAUAAAAAUGCCUAAACUGGAUCCUAUGUGGUUCUCUGCAUCCUAGUUGAGUUUGUGGAUGCGUCGUCUGGUGAGCGGGACCGGAGCCUGUUCGCCCUGUGGGUGUCGUUCUACGAGAUCUACAACGAGAGUGUGUAUGACCUGCUGCAGGCGUCGCCUACCUUCAAGACAAAGAGACGCACAGCCCUCCGUGUGUGUGAGGACAGUGCGGGCAACUCAUAUGUCAGAGGUGUGUGUAGGCAGUGGGAUGUCAUGCCCAUUAAAACGAAGUACCCACAAGUUCCCUUCAGUUUUAUUCAAUGGUUGCUUUGAUGCAGACCAUAGCUCAUGUAGUCCUGAAAUGGAUGGUAAUAUUUUUCCCCUUUCAGAUCUAAAGUGGAUCAAUGUUCACAACUUAGAGGAGGCAUGCAAAAUUCUCAGAGUUGGAAAUAAAAACCGAAGUGCUGCUUCCACUAAGAUGAACCAUUCAUCAAGCAGAAGGCAUGUUCACUAA